UCUGCGCGCGCAAGGUCCUCCACUCACAGCUGGGCGGGACCGGUAUAUAAGGGAGGGAGACGCGGGCGCCGGUGUUGUUGGUGGCUGCCAGUGCGCUGUGUUUCGUUUGUCCUCGGCUCGCAAAUAACUCAAGAUGGGCGAUGACUGGGCUUCCUACGGUACCGAUGAGAACAAGCAGUACCGCUUCAGGGACAUCAAGGGCAAGACCCUCCGCUUCCAGGUGAAGGCUGCCCAUGAUGCCCACAUUGCCCUGACCUCCGGGGAGGAGGAGACUGACCCUAUGCUUGAGGUGUUCAUUGGCGGAUGGGAGGGCGCUGCCUCGGCCAUCAGGUUCAAGAAAGCUGAUGACUUGGCCAAAGUGGACACCCCAGACAUCCUAAGUGAAGAAGAAUAUCGUGAAUUCUGGAUUGCCUUUGACCAUGAUGUUGUCCGUGUUGGCAAGGGUGCUGAGUGGGAGCCAUUCAUGAGUGCCACCAUUCCAGAGCCUUUCGACAUCACUCAUUAUGGCUACAGUACUGGCUGGGGUGCUACUGGCUGGUGGCAGUUCCAUAGUGAGAUCCACUUCCAGACUGAGGACUGCCUCACAUACAACUUCAUUCCUGUGUAUGGUGACACCUUUUCCUUCAGUGUUGCUUGUAGCAAUGAUGCCCAUCUAGCACUCACCUCCGGCCCAGAGGAGACCUCUCCAAUGUAUGAAGUGUUCAUUGGUGGGUGGGAAAACCAGCACUCUGCCAUUCGUCUCAGCAAGGAGGGAAGGGGAUCUGGUGAGGACAUGAUCAAGGUCGACACCCCUGAUGUGGUCUGCUGUGAAGAGGAGAGGAAGUUCUACAUCUCCUUCAAGGAUGGCCAUAUUAGGGUGGGAUACCAGGACAGCGAUCCCUUCAUGGAGUGGACGGACCCUGAGCCAUGGAAGAUUACCCACAUUGGCUACUGCACAGGUUGGGGAGCAAGUGGAAAGUGGAAGUUCGAAUUCUAAGUCCUCCUUUGUGGCUUUCUUCACGGAAUGCAGUCAUUGGCGUGAAGUCAACAACCCCAAUUUUUUUUCUUUCUUUUUUUCUUUCUUUUUUAUUAUAUUUUCUCUUAGGACACAAGGUUUUACAUGUUUUUGGAAUAUCUUUUUCGACAUGAUGUAUAUCAGUUUUGCAUUUAUUAACCUUCAAAAAUAAUAGCAAUUUAAAAGUGCAAAGUGCAUAGAUUAAUAUGGGCUACCAGAAGUACGCUCAUUAUUUUUGGAAGCAAAUAUUGAAUUAAUGAUAUUAUUGUAACAGACUUGUUCAGAACAAAUGUAUCAUGAUGAUUAUUCAAAUUAAUAAACAUUAAACAAAUAAAAGGAAUUUUCCUCAUGGUGUUUUACUUUUUUUUUGUUCUUUGGAUGUAGCUUUAAUCUAUUUUUGACUGUAAGUAGAAGGAGUAUCUGUGAAUUAUUCUUUGGUGCUAUGCAUUUCCCCCCUCAUUUCAUCUUUUGUAUGGCAGACACUAAAUUUCAUUUCCAUUAUAUUUUCAAAUUGGAAAUCCUCUUCCAGGCUAGCACAGAAGAAUAAUAUUUUUCAUGAAUAGAUUUGUCAGUAUAGAAGGAUUUAAGUAUGUCUCAGUUUUUGACAAAAUAUGCUGUAUUUUGGUUGCAAACACUGAGGAUAUGCUUCUGAUGUGAACAAGACCCUGCUAUUUCAUAUAAAACUAACCCAUCAUUCCUAUAUUUGUGUCUGUCUAUCUCUGUUCUCUUGCAGCGGUAAAAGCUACCAAUCAUCCAUUUCUAGAUUAACCAUGUCUCUUUAUUUGUGUAAGAAUAAAUCUUCACAUUUUACAAUGCUUUGACAUACGUUUAUUAGCAAUGGUAGUUUGAAUGUUUGAAGAGCUUGACAUGACACUAAGGAUUUUUAGUAUAAUACCGUAAUAUUAAUAAUACCAACUGGCCACGACAAAUGAAAAAUAUAUCUGCACAGACUGUCACAUUUCACUAUUGUUACUUUUAUAAUUAUUGCUUGCUUAAUUGAAUGAAAAUUAGUAAGUUA